CAACUAUCGCCCCCUGUAUUCCGACCGUCACUGUCUCGCGGACGUGGCCAUCUGCUGUCUUGCUCCAUCUCCUGCUCUGUACCUGUUGUGAACAACGCCUGCUCCGUAUCGACCCAGUCGAGCAACUCGGAAAGCGUGCUGGUCACUGAGCUUGAAAUCAGCCCUGAAGUACAUCGCUGAGAUCGCACCCCGUCCUUUCGUUUCAACGCCAACAUCAAAGCAGCCGUGUCAAUGAAUCGCUACAAUCCUUAUCAAAACCCGUACGAAAGCCCGCAGCCACGAAGAGGCGGCCCCCCCAACGGGUUUGGGCCUGACAGAUCACACCGUGUCGACUCGGGUGGCCCUCCUCGUGGUAGAGGGUUCGGUCGUGGCCGCGGCCGAGGUGGAGGCGGUCAUCAUGGAAGUCAAUACGGUGGCAGUCAUGACGGGAGUUAUGCCUCAUACGAUCAAGGUCCUCCGCAAGGGGACAUGGGGGGCUAUAACAACAGCUUCGACUCCGCCCCAGGACAAGAUUCCUUCUAUCAGAAUGGCAACUUCGAUGCGAGCGGACCUGGACAGUAUGGUCAGGGCUACAAUAAUUAUGAAGGUGCGCUCAACGAUUCAGGUGGUUAUGAUCAGGGUGGCUUUGGAGGGCGUCCUAAACGAACCCAGCGUCCAAGAGAGGAGAAGGUGGUAAAUGACUCAAUAAUUGAGGAUCGCAUACAGCGAGAGCGCCCUUGUCGUACUCUCUUCAUUCGCAACAUUAAGUACGAGACGAGCAGUGACUUUGUCCGCGGCUUGUUUGAGGAGCAUGGCGAGAUCAAGACGUUCUUUGAUCUGAUCGCGAACAGGGGGAUGGUGUUCGUCACUUACUAUGAUCUGCGCGCCGCAGAACGAGCAAGAGAAAGACUGCAGGGCUCGGAGAUAAGUGGUCGUCCGAUCGACGUGCAUUACUCGUUGCCCCGUGAUGACGGUGGCAGAGGAGCUGAGAAGGACAAACAGCAACUGCAGGGCACACUGAUAGUCACCUUGAAGAACUCGGCUUCAGGACAGCCGAUCGAUGACAACGAAGUCCGUCGCAAGUUCCAGCAAUUCGGUGAUGUCAAGUCUGUGAGGCCUGCGCCGGGCAUUGAUUGCCGCUUCGUUGAAUUCUACGAUACGAGGGCAUCCGAUGAGGCCCAUGAUCGGCUACGCCACCAAGGGCUGCAAGAUGGCGUAAUGGAGAUAGUCUUCGCAGCUGCUCCAGAGGAUGACCAACGGGGUGCUUCGCCUAGGCGUGAAGAACGAGGCGGAUACGAUCGCGGACGCGACUGGGAAACACCUCCGCAACGCGGUCGCCGGGGUGGCCGGGGUGGCGGUCGUGGCAGGGGCCGCGGUAGCUACGGAGGGGAUGACUGGGAUCGUCGAGGAGAUUGGGGCAGAGAUCGCGACAGAGAGCGAGCUCCUUAUGAAGAGGAUUACUCUGGUGGUCGUGGUGGCGGUAGAGGACGUGGUGGCGGUUAUGGUGGCAGGUUUGACAGCCGAGGACCCGGUGGAUAUGGUGGACCCGGGCCGUCCAGUCCUCCUGGGCCACCGCCUCCGAGCUACGGCGGUGCUCCGCCUCCAUCCUUCACCCAGGCACCCCCACCAGCUCAGCCCGUCGAUGAACGUCUUGAACGUCUUGAGCAAGCUAAGAAGGUUCAGCAGUUGCUUGCAGCAUUGAAACAACCUGGGGCAACGCCCGGUGCCCCGGGCAAUGGAGGAGCGCCUCCUCCACCGGGCAUGCCACCGAUGCCCCCACAGGCACCGCCCGGGGGCAACCACUACUAUGCAGCACCCCCAUCUAUGCCUCCCUUCCCCCCUAAUGCGCCUCCGCCCGCUUCAGCGCCCAAUGGCUAUCCAGGGAUGAAUCAACAAGCUUCUACGCCACAGCCUCCGCCUGCUGGUCUAGCCGGCUUGGCCCCGAACCUACUUGCUCUGCUGCAACAAAAUAGCCAAGGCCAGCAGCGUUUGCAGCAACAACAGCAGCAGCCACCACCGAUGCCGUAUGGUAUGCCGCAGCAGCAAAUGAUGCAGCCGACCCCGCCGCCCGGUAUGCCUCAGAUGCCUCCCAAUACUCAGCCGAACUAUCAGCAGCUCAUGGCGUACCUGGGACAAAAGCACGGGCAGUGACCAGACACGUCGAAGCUGGUUGGUGGUCCGCCUGCGCGCAAACUUUCAACUUAUCUUAUUCUUAGUUCUCAUUACUGUCCAUAGCUUUCUUCGUCGCCUCU